AUGACUGUCCAAUUAGCUGGUCUCCAGACCGAGACAAGGAAUCCGCGAACCACCGCCAUCGACCGCGUUUCUACAGAGCAACUCUGUCGGAUCCUACACCAAGAAGACUCCAGAAUACCUGCUGCCGUCGAGCCAUGUAUUCUAGCUAUUGCCCAGGCUAUUGAAACACUUUCCGAGCGAGUUCGCUCCGGCGGCCGUGUUUUCUACAUUGGCGCAGGCACAAGUGGCCGUCUCGGGGUUUUAGAUGCGUCGGAAAUCCCGCCAACAUACUCGGCUCCUCCCGAUCAAUUCGUCGCCCUCAUUGCGGGAGGCGACUAUGCCCUCCGACAUGCCAAGGAGGGCGCCGAGGACAGCAGAUCCGGCGCAGAAGCCGAUCUCAAGGCCUGCAACUUUGAUCCACAGGUAGACUCGCUUAUUGGAAUUGCCUCUUCUGGACGCACGCCAUAUGUCCUCGGUGGACUGGAGUAUGUCCGUAAAGCAGGCGGUGUUACUGUUGGAGUUGUUUGCGUUGAGCCGUCAGCUGUGGGAAGUGAAGGCAAUGCCGAUUAUCUGAUUGCUGCUGUGACGGGACCGGAGGUGGUCACCGGCAGCACACGCAUGAAGGCCGGCACGGCAACAAAGCUUAUUCUCAACAUGAUUAGCACUGGUAUCAUGAUUAAGCUGGGUAAAACAUAUGGCAAUCUUAUGGUGGAUCUUCGAGCAACCAACAUCAAACUACAACAGCGCGCCAAGAAUAUUAUAAGAUUUAUUGCCGGACCCAGUUGCGUGCAGUCUGAUGAAGAGCUUGAAAAAGUGCUGCAGGAUUGCCAUGGUAGUGUUAAACUUGCUGCUGCCACUAUCGUCUUGAAUGUCCCUGUUGCUGAGGCGGAGGCCCGUCUGUUGCGGCACAAGGGCGUUCUGGCAAAGGUGUUUGAGGAGCAUGAGAGCCAACAGAAUGCCGGCAAGGAGGUGCAACAUGAUGGUCUUGUUCUCUGUGUAGAUGCUGGUGGCACGAGCUGCAAGGCUGUUAUUAUGUCGAGAGAAGGUGUCUCAGGGUGUGGCGUUGCAGGACCCUGUAACGUGUCAAGCAUUGGAUUAGACGCUGUCAUCACGUCCAUGUCGCAGGCUAUCCAGGAAGCUACUGACAACUGCUCCGUAACAAAAGGUAGAAAGUUUUCCAGCAUCAUAUUCGAUUCAGUCUGGGUUGGCAUCGCCGGGUAUGAACGACCAGCUCUAACGCAGUCACUCAACAAUGCCAUCUACGAACUUGUCAAGACACCACCUGGGAAACCUCCCAAGGUCACAGCUGACAUUGACCUCCUGUCCGCGUCCGUGUCAAUGAAGCAGGACAUCGACUCUGUCAUUGUAGUUGUUUCUGGUACCGGCUCCAUAGGGAUGAGCUUCAAACGCACAGAAUCCGGCUUCCAUCGCCAGGCUCGUGUCGGCGGAUGGGGCCAUCUUUUAGGUGACGACGGCUCAGGCUACGGUAUCGGCCGACAGGCUCUCCGCAAAACCCUCCACGAAACAGACGUUUAUCGCAUGACACAUGGAAUCACUUCUUCUCUUGCUCCAUCUCUCUCCCCGCUAUCACAAGCAAUUUACGAACACUUCAAGGAUCAGUAUCCCACGAGUAAUCCAGAUGAUCUCCUCAGUUCCAUCGUCAUGCCUGCGUCUGGGUUCCAUGGGACCGAAGAUGCGGCACUGGGUACGACAAAGCGGAUAGCUGGGGUUGCCAAGAUUGUGCUCUCCAUGGCUGCUACGGAUGACGAUGCAAGGGAAAUCGUGAACGGCGGAGCCGUCAGCCUAGCUGAGUUGGUGAGUCUGCUGGCAAAGGGGCAACGUAUUAACGUGUCAAGAUGCGGACUUGUGCUCGCUGGUGGCUUGAUGCAAGAUGAAGCAUAUAGAAAUGCUUUAGUUGAAGUUGUGAAGAAGCAGCUUGGAGAGUUUGGGCAGGUUGAGACUGUCAAUCAGCCUGCCUUUGACGGGGCGAGGUUACUUUCAAAGGGGCUGUGA